AUGGAAUGGCUGCUGUCGCUGGCGCGCGCUCAGGACUUCUUCUUCUUCACGGAGAAGCCGGCCAACGCCGACGUCGUCGAGGGCUCUCCCGUCGUGCUGCGCUGCGACGUCUCGCGGCACGCGCACAUCGUCGUCGCGUGGCAGCUUGACGGAAGCGCCGUCGCCAACACGACGCGCCGCUACCAGAACGACACGCACCUGUGGAUCCGGCGCGCGCAGCGCGAGCGGGACGCCGGCGGGUUUCGCUGCACGGCGACCAACGUCACGUCCGGAACGAGCAAGUCCACGCCCGCGGCGACGCUCAACAUACAGUAUGCAGGACUUGGAGGCAGCAGUCAUGGUUGGAAGCCUCGGACCCUUAUUGCUCAGGCUCUUAGACACCAGAUGAGCGUGUUCCCCAACGGCUCGCUGUACUUUGAGCGAGUGAAGGGCGGCGACGCGGGUAUCUACAAGUGCGUUGGACUGAGUGCGGACAGCGCUGCGGGAGAGCAGACGUACCAGGCUGAAAUCAAGAUCGCUACGAUCCACGAUCUAACAGGAGGUUCGUUUGAACCUGCUGUAGAGGACAACCGAGUGACCAUCGUUCCACUGAACAACAACUUUGAGAUGACCUGUGUUAACCCUGGCGGUUACCCUUACCCGUCGCUGAGGUGGGACGACCCGUCCGGCAACGCGAUCGGCGCGACGUCACGCGUGCGCGUUGAGGAGGACGGUAGCCGCCUGGUGGUGGACGUCGUCAGACAGUCGGACUCGGGAAACUACAGCUGCGUGGUCAGCAACAUGGCCGGCGUCAAGCGCAACAACAUCAAGCUGGUCGUGUCGGUUGAGCCAAAGAUCACGCGGCAUCCCGAGUCCAUGAUGGUAGAGGAGAGUAAGACUGCGUUGUUUCACUGUGACUACACGGGUAGUCCUGCUCCCUACACCACGAUCACGUGGACGAGGAACGGCAGCGAGAUUGAGCUGCGGCACGCCGGCAGGUGGCGCUUCCUCGACGACGGCGGGCUGGAGGUGAGCGAUGUUCGGCUGAAAGACGCUGGCCGCUACGCGUGCGAGGUCGCUACCCGCGGCUUCCCCGCCGUGCGAUCGCGCGCCGCCACACUCGACGUCAAAGGUAGUGUAGAGCGGACGCGGUCGCCGACGGUUACGACGACGCGACAGACGCUCAAGUUCACGCCGGAACCCGUAAACAAGAGGCUAGAGCUCGGCGGCGACGGCAAGCUGUGGUGCAAGGCUUCGGGCGUCGUCCCUCCCAAGAUCACAUGGGUGAAGGUGUCGGAUGGUGGGCGCGCACAGGUGACAUGGCCGGACCACAUCACCGACAGCAACGGAACGCUGAUAGUCAAGGGUGUGAAGGCUUCGGACGCCGGUCAGUACACGUGCGUGGCGACGAGCGCUCAGCAGGGAGUCAUCAACAAGACGAUCACUGUUGACGUCAUAGUGACUCCGCGCUUCGUCGUGCGUCCGUCCAACACGACAGCGAAGGAGGGAUACGAGGUGAUGCUGCACUGUGCGGCCGAGGGCGACCCGAAGCCAACAAUACAGUGGGACAAGAACGGACAUCUCAGCGACUUCGACAAGAAGCGAUUCGAGCUUACAAACAGAAAGGGGUUGCUUAGUGACCUUGAUACAGAGAGGUUUGAGGUGCUGCAGAACGGCUCGCUGUACGUGAAGGAGCUGUACCUCGACGAUGCCGGACGAUAUGGCUGCACGAUCGGCAACAGCGGCGGCUUCAAACGCGACGAGGUCACGCUCUACGUGAGAGGCAAGGACGAGGGCGUGAUGACAAAGACAAUCAUCAUCGCUGUCGGAUGCGCUGCCGGCUACAUCAUCCUCGUCGUUGGCCUUCUCAUCUACUGCAAGGUCCGCCGCGCCAAGCAACGCAAGCAGGCCAAGGCUGACGAGGCUGAGGUUGAGGAUAACAGACAAGAGAACGGCACUGUGCCGAACGCGGCGACGGAGCUGAAGACAAGCGGCCUUGGCGGCGGCGACGCGUUGCUUAGCGACGGCACGGGGAGCUCGCACUCGAAGAACCGGGCGAGCUACGACCGACUGCAGUUUCCGCGACAGGACCUCAACACUAUAGGCAUGCUGGGCAAAGGAGAGUGCGACGGUUCUCGCGACAAGCCGCUGGCAUCCAAUGAUCGGCACGGUGUGAGACGGUUUGUCAUGGGAAGUCCCUGCUGGCGAAGAGACCGAUGCGUCGCUCAGUUGUGA